AUUUUAUUUCAUAUUUUUCUAUAUUAUCAUUAUUUUUUUUUUGAAAUGGCAUAUGUUUUUGUAAAAUAUCGGUUAUGAAAAUAAUAGAAAUUAUUUUAGAAUUAAAAUAAUUUUAUUUAUUUUGGGAGAAAUACGGUACCAAGUCGGUGCAGUUGCUUAGCAACAGGGAUUACUCGGUGUUUGUCGUUUUAUAAAAAUUAUAGAAUAUUACUGGUUCCCCAUUACACGUCGGUAUACAGUUGUAGCUAAGCAAUUUCAAAAACAACUAAAUACAUCCAAUGAAAAGACGUUUUGGUAUAAAUAAUCCAAUCAUUGUUACCAUGAACAAUUUAUCUUCUAAAGACAGAAUAAAAGCACGAAAUUACCGUGAUAUCUUCCUUGAUUACACUGUCAACAAAUAGCUGCGUCAAAUUUAGCAAACAGGAUUUAACAAGUAAUUAUUUAAGUUUUUUUAUAAGAAAUUAUGCCGCGUAGACAGGGCGGAGGAAGAGCUCGACGGAGGGACAGAGCCAGGAGUCCUCCAAGAAACAACCAACGUGUGUUGAGAAAUAGGGCAGCACAAAAUCUGAGGGAACAAAGGCCGGAACGUAGACAGGCUAAUGUCGCUAGAGGUCGAGCAAAUAGAGUCAAUGAAGCACGUGCGGUUGCCGACCGGGAGCACCCUGCUGGCAAUAUCCCGGGGGCAGAAAAUCUGAGGGAACAAAGGCCGGAGCGGAGACGGGCUAACAUCGCUAGGGGCCGAGCCAACGAAGCACAGGCGGUUUCCGAGCAGGAACACCUUGCUGGCAAUAUCCCAGGGGCAGAGCAGGAACACCCUGCUGGCGAUAUUCAUGCGUUACAGCGGGAACACCCAGCGGAGCGGGACCCUGAGCGACAGCGAGGGCGGAAACGGCCAUCGGAGGAGUUGGAGGACCUGGUGGAUGAUACCAUCACAAACACAGAAGCCGAUGUAUGGUGUCUGGGAGAUUCAAUAAUGUACUGGGCGGGAAAUCGUGCGGCUGGAACUAGCAAGCCAACUUUAAAGCUGAAUACGACAAUAGCAUGGUUAGGAGUGCGUGGAUUGCAUUGGCAUGAUUUCCGACAUACCGUUGAAUAUCAGGUGCUGUUUUGUAACUCGCCCCCCAAAAUUAUUUUCAUACAUUUAGGUGGGAAUGAUUUAUCUUCUUUGUCAAUCUUAGACAUAAAAGAUUAUAUUAAGAAAGAACUGAGUUACAUGCGUGACGCUUUUCCAGAUGCGGUAAUUAUAUGGGUCGAUAUUUUACAACGCCGCAUCUGGAAGGGUGCUACGGGUGGUUGGGUCGGAAUAGAACAGAAAAGAAAAAGAGUUAACAGAAUUGGUCGUCAGUUACUGAAAGAUGUAGGAAAUGUAGAUGUUAUAAGAACAGAUAUUGAUGCCAAAACAAACUUUUUUCGCAAAGACGGGGUUCAUUUGAAUGAUAUAGGCUUAGAAUUCUUCUUAUAUGAGAUUAAACAGGCCAUAAUUAAACACUUGUAAGAUUAUUUAAGAAUUGGGGGAGAAAUUUCGUGAACAGUUUUCCGCUCAAUUUCUUGUGGCCAAAAUUCUUAAAUU